AAUAGUAAAUCGUUUGUUUUUUUAUCGUAAAUAGUUGAAGAAGUUCACACGUAAAUAGUACAUUAGACUUUCAAUUCUAUAAAUUGGAACUUAUCCUUCAUAUUCAUAUUACUUUCAAUCUUCCAAUCUUCCAAUCUACCAACAAUUUUAGGUAAAUACAUUUGAAUAUUAUGGGAGAGUCUAGCCAAAAUUUCAGUCAUUUGAAUUGUUUCUCAUCGGAUUCAACUAAUAGGUAAAUAAAGUAAUGUUUUCUUAUUUCUUAAAAAUUAUUUUUCUUAUAUGUAAUAUAUUUAUAUUAUUAUUUUUAUAGGUAUGAUCAAAUUCAAAAUGCAGUGAGUUAUUGUACACAAAUUGUAAAUAAUAAUGUUAUGGGUGAUGAACGAGUUGGUGAGUUGCACAAUGAUGAACCUUCUGAGCAUGAAUUAACAGAUAGUGAUGAUAUGUAUGACGGCGAUGAUGAUAAUGUGUAUAAUGUACCUAAUGCAUCCGUUGAAGAUCAAAGUAUUAAUUAUCAUUCUACAGCGAUUCCAUACUUAGAUCACACUGACGAAAAUGCAGAAGAUUUUAUGUACACGAGAGAUAACGGUUCCAUUCGAAUGGCACUUUGGAAUUCAAACAAUCCUAAACAUAUCCAGUCAGGUAUGUUAUUUAUGAAUAAGAUGCAAAUGAAAUCUGCAGUAAGAGCAUAUAGUCUUGCUAUUAAAAAAGAAUUUCGUUGUGAUCAAUCCAAAAGUAAAAGUUGGAAAGUUAUUUGCAAGCGUCAUGAGUUAGGAGCCUCAGACUUGCAGUUAUUCAUGGAACAUGCACAUUCGAAUAGUUCAGAUCAGAUUGUCAUUAGGAUCGAGGGAGACAAGGUAUUGUACUUGCGAUUCACCCAGCCCUUUGCGUUCAGUACUAAUACUUUAUUUUCAGUUUCUAUUUACCUUACAUGA